AUGGCCGAAUCUGUAUACACAGCAGUCAUGGUGCCUCCCCCCGGUUCUGUAGUGGCCCCUCACGGCUUUCCAGCCAAUCCGCGACCACAAGGAGCGCCCAAGGCAUUCUUGGACGCAAUGGAGGUGAGGGUCAAAGUCUUCUGUGACGAGCAGAAGUGCGCGCUCGAAGCCGAGUUGGACGAGGACGACCCCAAAAGUUGGCACUGGAUCCUGUACGAAACAGCUCCGGCCCCUCAAGACGAAGGAACCCCAGCUGCAGUUCCAGUGUCCGUCUUGAGAAUAGUUCCACCUCCUCAUGCGCCGCACCCCAAUGGCUUCGAAGAUCCCGCCGAGCAACCCUACUGCAAGCUGGGACGGGUGGCUACAAUGGCUCAUGCAAGAGGCAAGGGUCUUAAUCGGCGACUCCUGCAAGCGGCAACUGACUGGUUAGCUGAUAAUCACGCCGAGGUUGGACAUGGGUGGACUGGCAAUGUGCUUGCCCAUGCCCAAGUCUUCGUCGAGAAAGUGUACGCUAGUCAAGGCUUUGUCACAGAUGAGCGGCUAGGUCGUUGGGACGAGGAAGGCAUAGAGCAUUUGGGCAUGUGGCGAACAAUCCCCUUUCGAUAA